CGGGUGGAGGCGAAGCUGAGGGAGUUGCGCUCAUUGUUGAGCUGUCGGAGGUCAAACUGUUUGGCCAGAUUAUUCCAGCAUCUAUGAAUGGACCGUUCACGUUGCGCGCUGGACCACUCCGUGAUUUUACAUUCAGGUUUUGACACCCUCCACAGCUUCGAAAAUCGUCAUUCUGUUUUAUCUAUUGUUUUUUUUUUUUUCCAGCACUACCGAUAACAAUCGGACGCCGCUGUAUAAUUAGGCUAAUUAUAGAAGCGAUAUUAAACAGCGACAGUUACCCAUCAGGCUGAAACUGUUUACCAGCAAAUGCGCAAAAUGUUUUUUUGUUAUUUUUAUGUCUUGCUUGCGKGUUUUUUGCACCUUGUCCUUGGCGUGGACUUGAAGGAAACGCCGACACUUGGCUCUACUAAAACACCCAGACUUCUGAGCAAAGGUUUAAUUAAUGGUGAAUAUGAAUACGUUCUCCACCAAAACCACAGCGUGUUCUUAUACCAGGAGGACACAGAUGAGCUUUAUGUUGGAGGAACAGACUUUGUUUUAAAACUGGAUGCAAAUAACUAUCACAUCUUAGAACAAUAUCCACUGGAAACAACAGGGCAGCAGCUGGGUCAUGAGGGUCGGUGUAAAAAUGUAAUUACAGUAAUUGAGAAGUUUCAGGACAGCGUGUUUGUAUGUGGAACCAAUGGGCUCAAACCAAAGUGCUGGAAGCUUUUCCCCUCUGUAAGCAAUCAAUCAAAUGAGAUAGUGGAGAGUUACGAGGGGACUGGCAUCUCUCCAUUUGUCCACACACAGAACUCCUUGUCGCUCACAGUAGAUGGGGAUUUAUACGCAGCAGCACCUUUAGAUGCUGAUGGAAGUUCACUGCAGUUCAGGAGGAAAGCUGGAGGCAGAACAAACGUAUGGAUGUAUGACUACUGGGUUUCAGAGCCCACGUUCAUUUCUGCAAACUGGGUAAAGCGCGUGGAYGACCCCGUGAACGAGAAAAUCUACAUAUUUUUCCGUGAAAAGAACUCAGACCCCAGCCCAGAAGCUGAUCCCUGGAUAUCCCGGGUGGCCAGAGUUUGUAAGGUUGAUGAAGGUGGAUCAAAAAGAUUCUUCCAGAACAUGUGGACGUCUUUCCUCAAGGCUCGGCUCGUCUGCGGGUUCCCCGACGAGUCCCUGUACUUCAAUCGCCUCCAGGACAUCUUCGUAAUGCAUGCUGAUGAUUGGCACGAUACAAGGAUCUACGCGCUGUUCUCAAGCAGCUGGAACUCAACCGCAGUUUGCAUCUAUUCAAUAGGAAUGAUUGAGGAAAUCUUUGAGAAUUCAACUUUCAGGGGCUACGACAAAGAGAUACCAAACCCAAGACCAGGAUCGUGUGUACAGAACAGCAAGAGUUUGCCCCGAGCCACUGUGAACGUAGUGAAAGAUCACCCCGAAAUGACUGACUGGGUCCACUCCCUGCAUUACAAAGCUCCAUUCUAUAUAAGCAACAACAAUUACACAAAGAUAGUCGUGGACCGAGUAGAAGCAGCCGACCAGCAAGUGUACAACAUUCUGCUCUUAGCCACCGAUUCUGGGAAGAUCCACAAAGUCCUCGAGGCGGGGUCAGAGCCUUUUAUCAUAUCUGAAGCACAACUCUCAACCAACUCAGCCAUACAAGCAAUGAAACUUAACUCUAAAAAGAAAACAUUAGUCGUGGGUUUUGCUGAGAAAAUAUCUACUGUGGAUCUUCAGAAAUGUGACGUGUACGCCAGCUCUUGUGCAGAAUGUGUCCUGGCCCGAGAUCCGUAUUGCGCCUGGACGUCAUCUGGAUGCAACCACAAUGUCUCUGGGGGCAUUCAGAAUAUCAUGACUGGAGAAACAAGUGUGUGCUCUGAAGCAGAAGAAGCUAAGGCAGGAAACAGGUCCAAGAGGCAGACAGAUUCACAGAUGGAUUCAAGGACUGUUCAUUCAGUAUCGAAUGGCGUCCCUUUCUACCUGUCCUGUCCGAUAGACUCCUAUCACGCCACGUACACCUGGGAGCACGAAGGACGCAGCAGUCCCUGUCUGCAGAUGCAUUCUGACUGUCUGCACCUCAUCCCAUCCAUGGCAUGGAAACACUACGGCGACUAUGAUUGUGUUUCCAGAGAGAAAGACUUCACCAAAGUCGUGAAACGAUACAAGCUUAUCGAGCAGAAACUUCCUGAUGAAAACAAAGGCUCUGAAUGGAGAUUCAAUGACUUAUUGACCAACGCAUCAGGCCCUGCCCAGCAUUCGUUAUGGAUUCUACUACAGAAUAUAGUGAUGUGGGGAGUUUUUAGAUAAGUUGUGCACUUUUUGUUGCUAGUGAGGUGAGAAAUGAGGCGGCAAUAUUUAAAGCAACAAUUCCCUUUAAAACCUGUAAAACAGCACCYGUCCUGUUGUGAACUUGCUUCAAAGAAAAACAUCCACAGGAACCCAUGGGCCAAACAGGACCAAGGUUGAAAGACUUAAAAAAACAAACAAAGAAAACAGGAUACCAGCAAAGCAUGCACAAAGUGGUGAGAGGCAUGCCGAUGCUGUAAGCUUUCUACUGCGAAGUACAAAAAUGUAAUUCAGUUAGUAGAAUGGGUGUAAAGGGGAGAUCGCAUGAUGCUAAAUGACUUGAACAUCCUCUAAAACUAUUAAAUGUUAAAAGUUUGAGCUUAAAAGCUCUCAAGCAGCUGUAGACACAGGAAUGGGUAAUGUAAGUGCACUGUAGGGCCUUCCUUGUCCUAGAGCUCAGCUCAGCUAAGAUACCAGAAAAAUCCAAAGUCCUUCUGUGGAUUUCUUUGUGUUCCAUCCAGUCACAUGGUUGUGGGAUGUUGUAGGCAAGAGAACUGACCUGGCUUUUUUUCAGCAACUCUUGUAAUGGUCAAAGAAGCAGCCACAGCAUAAACAGAGCAUAUGUUUUCCUCAUCCAGCAGCUUAAACAUUGAUCUUUGUCUGAAGUUUUCUGUGACUUGCUCUUACAGCUUGUUGUAGAGUCAGUUAUCCAAAACACAACAAGCUAAAACUUAAAACAGGCAACUGGACUAAUCUUCUAAAAGUCCAUCUGCCUCUUUUAAUCUUAAAAUUACUGUUACGACAUAAAAAACAUAGUGCAAUAGUUUUGUUAAACUGUAUUUAUGUUUGUAUAGAGUUAUACUGUAUAGCUUUUGAAAAGCCAAAUGUAAGCUAUUUGUUAUGUUGAGACCACAGACUCAACUAGAUUUAGACCAAUUAGUGGCCUUGAACCAUUUUAAGUGAUUUUAGCUAAGUUAUUGUGCAAUAUCCGAUUGUAACACUGCUCAUAACAGUUAAUAAUUUGUGUUAUCGACAGUUAAUUUACGUUAUCAAAUAUUAUUUAUAUGGUAGAUGCUUGAAUAAAAGUUUUUUGGAAUCAUUCUGUUGGGUGUGACCUUCACCAGAAAGGGAAGUUUCACUUUUAUUACCUAAACAAAUUAUGUUAGGUUUCCCAGGUGAGAUGUAUUCGGGGAUUCAUUUAUUAUCGAACCAGGUCAUCUGUUUUUUUAAAGAGCAUUUUCUCUGCAGUCACACUUGUUUUGUGAUUCAGUGAGCUUUUGUCCCAUCAUUAAUGCAACAUGAGUGGCAGCAAAGAGCUAAAGAAAGGGUACAAGAGAGCAGCGAGACCAUUUGUGUUGUAUGGUGUGGAGACGUUGGCAAAAAGACAGAGGAAGUGUAGGAGCUGACAGUGAAGAGGUUCUUGGAAACRACAAGGAUUAAUAUGAAUGAGAUCACAGGUACAGCACAGGUUGAGGGACUGGAAGAUAAAGUUAGACUGUGAUGGUUUGGACAUUUCCAGAGGAGGGACAGUGGGUAUACUGGUAGGAUGUUAGAAAUGCAGAGGAGAUACAGGAGAUGCAGUUAGAGGACAUGGAGGAGAGAGGACAGAUGACUUGGGGUGGAGACCUGUUAAAAGGUAACAGCCGAAAGAAAAAUACAUUUUUGGRGGUACAUAUAGAAAACAUGACUUCUUGAAAACAGUAGUGAUCAAUGCUGCAAUCCAAAUAAAGUUGAUUUUAUUUAAAAUGUUAUUACAAUUUUCUUUAAUUUGAGUAACAUGGAUCUAAAGCCUCCCAAAAAACUGCUUUUUUAAGGUAGAAACUAACCAGCAUGUUUGAAUAGACCUGUUACCACUGGAAGCUUUUUGUAUUAAAUUCAAAGGAACAUAUUUUUCUAACACUAUUAAUCCUCCUCAGUUUGAACAUUUUAUAAUAAAAAAAAAUAG